UAUUUUGCCUUGAAUUAAUUUGUUAGCUUUUUAUUACAAAUUGUAUAGAUAAAUUUUCGAAAUUUUUAUAAACUUUUAUGUGCUAUAGCUUUGUAUUCAAAAGAAGAAAAUUAUAUUGAAAUAGUAAAGGAAUAUUUGAACAAACUCAGAAACAGCUAUGGAAGAUUCUAAAAUCUCGAACCGAUCCCCUUACAACCUAAAUAGAUACGAAGAUUUACAGUUAAAUGUGAAAGACGAUGAGGCAGAGAUUUCACGCUUAGAAGCUGAUGCCAAUGUCUCAAAGAGUUCAGAAAAGUGUGAAUCACGCGACGAACGUGUUCCGAAAAUUAAAUUUCAAUGUACCAUGUGCGAUAUGUUGGAAAUUGUGAAUUAUUAUGGCAAAACUCCGCCAUUUGUGUAUGGACUUAAGCUUUUAGAAGAUUCUUUUGUAUUGCGUGAUCCUUUUCAACCACCUCCAAUUCGUUGGAAGCCCAAAGCAGAGUACUUUGUAAUAAUAGGUUCCCGGUGUACAGUAUGCGAAAGCGUCGUUUGCAAAGGAGCGGAAUGUAGUUUUUACUAUACAUGUACUUAUUGUUUGGCUUGCGCAAAAGAACAUAUUAAUAAGUUUCCUAUAGAAUCACAAGCAAAAUUAAGAAAACAAUUGGAAAUAAAAAUAAAAAAAUAGAAUUCAUAAAUUGUACUUUUUUAUAACUCUAGAAUACAAAUUUUGUUUGUAUUUUUUUAAACUACGACGUGAUCAUACGAUUAAGAUUUUUCCUUCGGCGCAAUCUUCUUGGCUAAUUUUUGCAUUUGGCUUGUCACUUUUUUCUUUUGCUUCUUUACGGUCCCACCUUCGAC